AUGGCACUAGAAGCUGUUGUUUUCCCACAAAACCCAUUUAGCUAUAGCGCCUACAACAUGUUAGGAGGGAGUAAUAAUUGGAGCUAUGAUGGUUUGAUCAGCUUAGAGAAAGACCAUGAUCAUGAUCAUCAUAAUAUUCAAGAGCAAUCUGCAGGUAAUUCUUUCGAUUUUCUCGAGAACCAAACAGAAAGUAGUACUACUACUUGUACAACCCCUUAUGGAGAUCAUCAUAAUUGGAACCCAUCUGCUUCUUCAAUGGUUCCACAUUUCAACGACCUCCACCUCUCCAGUACUGUUCCUUCUCCCGACGGUACUACUACAGUUAACGCCAACGGCGAUUUCCAGCCGUUCGAUUUAUCGACCGAUGCGAUGAUCAUGCCGAUCACAAGCAGUACUCGCCCAAAACGACGCCGUUCCAGGAGUAGAAAGAACAAAGAAGACAUCGAGAAUCAGAGAAUGACCCACAUUGCCGUUGAGAGAAACAGAAGAAAGCAAAUGAAUGAGUACCUCGCGGUUCUCCGAUCCCUAAUGCCAGACUCUUACGUCCAAAGGGGCGACCAAGCAUCAAUUAUCGGAGGAGCGAUUAACUUUGUGAAGGAGCUAGAGCAACAAGUACAGUUCCUUGGUGUUCAAAAGGAAAUCAAAAGGCAGGGUUCCGAUGGCGGAGUCUCCGACGCGCCUUUCUCCGAGUUCUUCACCUUCCCGCAGUACUCGACCAGCUCGGGUACUAGUAAAACUUACCACGAUAGUAACCCAGUAGCCAUGGCCGGCACGGGCGAGACAUCGUCCGCCAUCGCGGAUAUCGAGGUGACGAUGGUCGAGAGCCACGCCAACAUUAAGAUAAGAUCGAAAAGGCGGCCGAAGCAGCUGCUGAAGAUGGUCUCUGGCCUGCAGAGCAUGCGGCUCACGGUUCUUCACCUCAAUGUCACAACGGAACAAGCAAUUGUCCUCUAUUCUCUCAGUGUCAAGGUAGAGGACGACUGCAAGCUUACAUCCGUCGACGAUAUCGCGACGGCGGUUUACCAGAUCCUAGCUAGAAUUCAAGAAGAAACAUUAAUGGCAAACUGAAAAUUGGCCGUCCAUUUUAACUGGCUUUGUAUUAUUUGUUUGCAUUUAAUUAGCCUGGAACCAAAUUAUUGCUAUUAAUCUCGCUAGUAAUAUUUCAUCAGCUUAUUAAAGCAAUAUUUUG